AGCGAGACCAGACGGCCAGUAACUCCGUGAACUGAUUCGUUCGUGAUUUCGCUCAGUUUACGUUUUCGCUCCUAAAGAAACGGACGUAGCGAGCAUGCGCCACUGAACCGGUUCAACUCUCGAUCCCGAUGUGAUAACCACUAUCAAUCAUUGAUUUGGUUUCUCGUGGCUUCGGUAUCUUAUCCACCCAGCUCACUUUUUAGUCGGAAUGUAAUUAUUUGUCAUUGUCUGUGAUAAUUAUUCAUUAAUUUCACUUCACCUAAUUUUAAUACAAAUUUUUUUCAAAAAAAUUUUUUAAUCUUAAAAGUGUUGAUCGCUAGUUUUGCGUGUGCUCAUUUUGGCAUAACGACUCAAAGAAUGCAUAUUUCGCGCCGUUUUCUGGCGGCGUAGCCAGAUUUUCUUUGAGUGCGGGUGGAUGAAAAGUGUGGGCAGUGGCCGACGUGUGUUUUUGUUUUAAAAAUGUCAUUUUUCUUAUCGUUGCUUGCGGGAGUGGGGAGUGCUCUGGUUUUGUGGGUCUUAGCCGAUACUUUGUGGUCAGUUCUUCUCGGAUUAAAAGUUCAUCUUCUGCCAUACUUCAAAGCACAAAAUGCGGACCUGGUCAAGAAAUACGGAUCUUGGGCGGUUGUAACCGGCUCAACCGACGGUAUUGGACGGGCCUAUGCCAAAGAAUUAGCCAAGAGAGGCGUAAACAUAGUUUUAAUUAGCCGAAGCAUCGAAAAACUUCUACAAGUUUCGCAUGAAAUAGAGUCCGAAUUUGGAGUCAAAACAAAAGUCAUUGCUGUUGACUUUAGCAAGGGUCAGCCCGUUUUUGACGAGAUUGAAAAGGAGCUGAAAGACAUUCCGGUUGGAAUAUUGGUGAACAAUGUGGGCAAGCAGUACGCGUACCCGACUUACCUCGGCGAGGUGCCCGAACAGGAUCUGUGGGACAUCGUCAACAUCAACGUGGGCGCCGCGACGGCCAUGACGCGAAUGCUCGUCCCGCAAAUGAAGGAGAGACGACAGGGAGCCAUCGUCAAUGUUUCUUCAAGUUCCGAGAUGCAGCCCCUUCCUCUCAUGACCGUAUACGCUGCCUCCAAGGUGUUCCUGAAGAGCUUUUCAGAUGCGCUGCGGUUCGAGUACGAGAAAGAUGGGAUCACGGUGCAGCAUCUGUCACCUCUGUUCGUGAACACGAAGAUGAACGCGUUCAGCCACCGACUCCAGGAGACAAGCCUCUUCGUCCCUGACGCCCAGACAUACGCCUACAACGCUGUCAACACCCUCGGCCAAAUCAACCACUCCACUGGAUACUGGGCUCACGGUCUCCAGUACUUCUGUGUGAUGCUCUCGCCAAUUUGGAUGCGAACCUGGAUCGGAGGUGUAAUGAACCAAGGAUUCCGUAGUGAUUAUUUCCAGAAAGCAGGAAAGCAUGAUCAACAAGAUAAAAUCGCUAUGACCUGAUCAUUAUGAGAUUCGGCGAAGACAUCGCUCUUGAGGGCGCUUUCCUUGAAUUGAAUUUUUUGCAAAAAAAAAAAAAAAAACGAUCCUUGAGCUUGAGAUCGAUGAGGACACGUUCAUUGUGAACCUUGAAAGAACUGAACUUGAUUUGGACACACAAAGACGCAUAUCCAUGAGCUAAUUUUUAUCUAUAACUGAUCCGAUUUUGCGUGGUUCUCUUCCGUUUUUCUUGACUGAUACUUGUUAUUUUUAAUUUUUAAGUAACGUAGUUGUGAGGUUUUUUUUUCUUCUUUUGAACCGUUUUGGAGCGCUAAAUUACCUGAAUUCUUCUACAUUGAUAUUCUGUCGCAGUUAAUUUAUUCGUAUUCCGUUGUGAGAGAAAUCCAUGCUCUUAUUCGUCCAAUCUUACUUCAAGGCUAUAAUUAGUUGUUACAGUAAUAGUAAUGCGUUUAUAUUAUUUUUGUGUGUAAGCUUUUAUAUUAAGAUAUUAAUUAUAAGAUUCUACACGUCGUUCCGUACAAAUGUUCUUUUUACAAGAAUAAAGUUUUUUUCUUCCGAAAAUAUAA